AUGUGGUCAAGGUUUCGCAACUGGCAUGCUCGGCUUUUGCUCCUAGAUCAGAAAGUGGGUCUCGCGAUAUCCAACGGUGCUGUGCCAUUUGCAGCAGCAGCAUCAGCAUCAGAGGAGGAGGAUGCAGAGCAGCUCGCGGUCCUUGUUGCAAAAGCGGAUGUUCAAGCGAGGUGCCGUCGGCUAUUCGCAGGUCUGGCUACAAUGACGGCUGAGACAACGUCAGCGACGAGGAUCAAGCAGACAUUUGCUGAGGUCGCUCCACGAGUUUCUUUCGGCACUAUGAGACGGCGCAUUCUGCUCGGCUACUUCUCUGUCGCUGGUUUGAUGAGCGAAGUGUUGAGGUCGCCUUGGGAUGACGGCGAUGAGGCUGAAAUUGAUACUGGUUCCGCUGGACGGAUUCAGGCUGAGAAGAUCUCCGAACUGCUUGAAGUCCAGAAGGCACAAGUGGCUGAGUUCGUGGCGGCCGUCACUACGCCUGACCAGGGCGCUUCUGGUCGGCGGAGGCUGAAAAUGCCCGAGGAUGGUACCGGCUUUUCGCUGGAAGAGUUUGCCAUCAUCGUUUUCCUAUGCAAGCCAGUUGACAAGAGUCUUGAAGACCUUGCGGCAGAGCUGUCGCCAGGUGACCGUGACCGUGCGCUGUCCUUUGAAGAAUUCCAGCGCUACGUAAUCAAAGAAGGUGACCGACCUGCUCCUACUUUGCGGGCGCUUCCCAAAGUGAAGGCGAAAGCCGCCUCGAAGGCGAAAGCCGCCUUGGACAGCGCCGCCAAACGGCAGAGUGCUCCCAUGACGAAAGUGCCAACCAUGAAGUCCACAGCAGGUUUGUCAUCCUUUGGCGGGAUCCUGCCGGCCAGAUGUACUGCAGCAGAGCUUCGAAUCGCCUACGAGGCCUUAGAGCGGCCGGGGCAAUGCGUGACCGUCAACUCCAUAUUGACAUCUUUAUGCAACAUCACCGAUGUGCUGGCCAUCGACCAGCGAAGUUACCAGGGCGGUGACCGCAUCGUCUGCCGUGUGCGGGUUGGCAGCGAGCUAGCAGCGCUCUGCGGCAAGUCUCCGGUAGUGGCCCUGGUCCCUUCACGACUCUUCUGGAACGAGGAGGAGGGCACCAAAGGCUUCUGGUCACUGGAUGGGCAGAAGGUCAAGAGCUUCUCACAGAUUGGAUGUGCCUCGUCGUGUUGGAAGUAG